AUGUGCUAUGGUUGGGGAGACCCCCAUUAUGUCACCUUCGAUGGAACAUACUAUGCUUUUCAAGGCAACUGCUCCUACUGGCUUGUGAAAGAGAUCCUGCCUAAAUACAACUUCAGUGUUAUGAUCGAUAACGUCUACUGCGAUUCACUUGAUGGCUUGUCCUGUCCUCAAUCCAUUACUGUCUUCUACAAAAGCUUCAAGAUCUUUAUUACACAGAAGGAUAUUAAGGGCAUUUUCACAAACCAGAUUUCUGUGAAUGACAAGCCUGUAAGUCCUGCAUAUCAGAAUGAUGACUUCCGCACCGUCACCACCGGUAUUGAUACAGUGCUCAUCAUCCCAAAAAUUCAUGCCAAGGUCACCUUCUCAGGCCUCAUAUUCAGCAUCUCCCUGCCCUACAGUGAAUUUGGCGGCAACACUCAGGGACAAUGUGGCACAUGUGACAACAACCGGACAGAUGACUGCAUGUUGCCCAGUGGGAAAAUCGAUCCUUCGUGUCCUCAUAUGGCGCACAAGUGGCACAGUAACAAUAGUCACUGUGACCCUCCAGUUCAGCCCCUACCAACACCAACACCAAGUACCUGUAAUACCACCAUCUGUGAGAUAAUCAAGAGCAGUGUGUUUGAAGCUUGCCACAAGAUCCUCGACUACAGGCCAUUUGUGGAGGGCUGUGAAUUUGAUGUUUGCCACAUGCACAUUCACCACAUUGGCUGCAGUAGCUUAAAAUCCUACGCUCAAGCCUGUGCUGAUGUUGGACUAUGUAUUGACUGGAGGAGUGCCACGAAAGGACUCUGUGAAUAUAAAUGUCCAAGUCCCAAAGUGUAUAAGGCAUGUGGCCCUCUGAUGGAGCCUACCUGUGAUUCCUGGUACAACCAGAAAUUCAUAGAUAUGGUUGAUGAGUUCAGUGCCAUGACAGACGUGAAGCUGGAGGGUUGUUACUGCUCAAGUGGCAGCAUACUCCUCUCGUCCAACUCUAAUGAAUGUGUGCCAGACUGCGGUGUGAAGAACAUUCGUCCAUGCAACGUGUCCACCACUGCUGUGCGGCUGGAGAGCAAGGGCUGUCAGUCCAAACACCUGGUGAAUGUCACAUCCUGCAGUGGAGCGUGUGGUACCUCCAGCUUCUACUCCGCCAAAAUGAGAUCCUUGCAACACAUGUGUUCCUGCUGCCAGGAGUUGGCCACGUCUGAGAGGCAGGUCCAGCUGUUCUGCCGUGACAACACUGAGGUCACUUACACCUACAUCCACAUUGACACCUGUGGGUGCCUCCAGACGGACUGCUCUGUGCUUCAGUGA